AUGUUGGUCGGCAACUUGUGUAACCCGAUGUUCUUCCAAAGUUUCGCUCAGAAUCAGGUUAAAAGUGUGAACCAUCAGGAUUCAAAUGUGAGUACAAUGCCAUCGACACCAGUGCGUUGUGUUUCUGAUAGUGCGUCACCUUUGACACCUGCGGAGAGGACUGGAGCACCUCCGGGCGCCGGUAAGGAUGCCGUCAAACUCUUCAUCGGGCAGAUUCCACGGCAUCUGGAGGAGAAGGAUCUGCGGCCAAUGUUCGAAGAGUUCGGGAAGAUCUACGAGCUCACCGUCCUCAAAGACAAGCACACUGGCAUGCAUAAAGGUAAGUCCCCAGAACAAUAUUUGCGGGUUGAGAAUAUUCUAUACUUACCGCGUUGUUCUUGA